AUGGAGAAAACACUGCAAGAAUUGUACCAUGAAAAUGCUUAUAUGUUGCAUUUCCCAGAUAUGAAAGUGUCAGACUUUAUACUAGAUGGUGAAUGGAUUGUGCCAACUGAGCUCAUGGAAAUGAUUAAUAUAAAUGAUUUACCAGUAGUGAGUAAAGGUGGAGACAAGAGAAUAUGGACCGGAACUAUCACAGGUCAAUUUACAGUAGCUUCAGCAGUGGAAGUCAUGAGACAAAAAUUUCCUCCUCUUCAUUGGACUAAAAAGGUAUGGCACAAGUCUUUUCAUCCUAGUAUCUCUAGUAAUAUUUGGAAACUAGGUAGAAAUAUUUGUGCAACUGAUGAUAAUAUGAAGAAGAGAAAAUUCAAUAUGGUAUCAAGAUGCAUAUUAUGUAGAAAAGGGGAGGAAACAAGAGACCGUAUGCUUUGGUAUUGUAAUUACAGUGAGAUCAUUUGGAGUUGGCUUGGUGACAUUUUUAACUUUAAAAAUCCAAGGCCUUUUGAGGAUAUAUUUCAGCUGGCAAAAAACAAGAGUCCGGCUAUCAAAGAAAUAUGGUUGUUGAGUGCAUUUGUCACUAUGAAGGAACUCUGGUUCUUGAGAAAUGAUUGCACUUAUGGUAAAGGGAAAUGUGAUCUCAAUGCCACUAAGAAGAGAAUAAUGAAAGUCAUAUCUGACAGUGAUAUAAGAAUGAAAGCACAUAUGUGGAAUAGUCAAUAUGAUCUGUAA